CCUUGGAUAUAACCGUGAAGAGCUAAAGAAAGAGACAACAAGUGGAGAGGAAACGCUGCAUUUCACCAGGAUGCCCAGGAGAUGUGUCUCACUUCUGCUGCUGCUACAGCUCAGUUGCUGCUUCAGCUCUGGGAGUUGUGGGAAGGUGCUGGUGUGGCCUAUGGACUACAGCCACUGGAUGAAUAUGAAGACAAUCCUGGAUGCACUUGUGCAGCGAGGCCAUGCAGUAACUGUUCUGAGAUCUUCUGCUUCUAUUUUAAUUGAUAGCAACGAUGAAUCAGGAAUUAAAUUUGAAACUUUCCACACAUCUUACACUAAAGAUGAAGGUACUGUCUUAAAUGGGAUUAAUACACUUAUAAACGAUGUGUCAAGAGAUGCAUAUUGGGAAUAUUUCCCACUACUGCAAAAAUUAUUCUUUGAUUAUUCUGAUGUUUAUGAAAAUAUCUGCAAAGACUUGGUUUUGAACAAGAAAAUCAUGACGAAGCUACAGGAUUCAAAGUUUGAUGUUGUUCUUGCAGACUCAAUUGCUCCCUGUGGUGAGCUGCUGGCUGAGCUACUGAACAGACCCCUUGUGUACAGUCUCCGCUUCACUCCUGGCUACACCUAUGAGAAGUAUAGUGGAGGACUUCUGUUUCCUCCUUCCUAUGUGCCUGUUAUUAUGUCAGACUUAACUGGACAAUUUACAUUCAUGGACAGGGUAAAAAACAUGCUAUUUAUGCUUUAUUUUGACUUUUGGUUCCAAACCUUUAAUGUGAAGAGGUGGGAUCAGUUUUACAGUGAAGUUCUAGGAAGACCCAUUACAAUAUCUAAGCUAAUGGGGAAAGCUGAAAUAUGGCUUAUACGAAGCUAUUGGGAUUUGGAGUUUCCUCGCCCACUAUUGCCUAAUUUUUAUUUUGUUGGAGGGCUUCAUUGCAAACCUGCCCAACCUCUACCCAAGGAGAUGGAAGACUUUGUGCAGAGCUCUGGGCAAGAGGGAGUGGUGGUGUUUUCCCUGGGGUCCAUGGUCAGCAACAUGACGGAAGAAAGGACCAAUGUGAUUGCAUCAGCACUUGCCCAGCUGCCACAAAAGGUUAUUUGGAGAUUUGAUGGCAAGAAACCGGAUACCUUAGGACCUAAUACCCAGCUCUAUCAGUGGAUCCCUCAGAACGACCUCCUUGGUCAUCCAAAAACCAAAGCUUUUGUAACUCAUGGUGGAGCCAAUGGCAUCUAUGAGGCCAUCCACCAUGGCAUCCCUAUGGUGGGCCUUCCUUUGUUUGGGGAGCAACAUGAUAACCUUGCCCACAUGAGGGCCAAGGGAGCAGCUGUUAGAUUGGACUGGAAAACAAUGUCAAGUUCAGAUUUGAUCGAUGCCUUGAAGACAGUCAUUCAUGAUCCUUCCUAUAAAGAGAAUGUCAUGAAGUUAUCAAGAAUUCACCACGAUCAGCCCAUGAAGCCGCUGGAUCGAGCAGUCUUCUGGAUCGAGUACGUCAUGCGCCACAAAGGAGCCAAACACCUUCGGGUUGCAGCCCACGACCUCACCUGGUACCAGUACCACUCUCUGGACGUGAUUGGGUUCCUGCUGGCUUGUGUGACAAUCAUUAUCUACCUUGUUAUAAAAUUUUGCUUGCUUGUUUAUCAACGGCUUGUUAUGAAAGGAAAGAAGAGAAAGCAAGAUUAGAGCUGUUUCAGACCUAAGGCUAGCAGCCCUGCUAUGUGACAUCAUGCCAUUAACUCGACCAUUAAGGAUGCAUGUUUGUCAAGACUGUCCUGCACAGUUUAAGAGGUCUGUGCCUCCAGAUUCAUCGAAAUAUUUAUUCUUGACUAAGUAUUAAGGAAAUACACCAUUCUAACUUUAGAUAUAUUGAGAUACUUUGAUUUUAGUGCUGAAUUAUUAACUUAUUUUAAUAACAUUCAAAAAAUGAGACUCACUGGAGCAUCAGACAGUUGCUUUCAAAGGAGUUGUCAAGUUUCGUGUCUGUUUUUAGAAACAUCAUCUACUCAAACACCAUGCAUUAUCACUUGCCAAAGGAAACUAUAGUCAGAUUUUGUUGUAGGAGGCAAGACAGAUUAUAUCCUGACUUCUUCACUUGGAAGAGUGACUCCAUGAUAAACUGUACUCAACUUCAACUAGGACAGAGUGACUGAUUUUCAAAAGACCUAAAAAGAGAAUAUGAUAGUGAAGGAGAACAACAAAGGGAUCACUCAAAAUUAUCUAAAUGGAAAAUUACAGAAGAAUGAAGUGGAAAAUUACCAUAAAAUCAUAAAUGAUUUGGUAAGGUGGGCUAGACAAUGCAAAGUCUGCAAUUUAGUAGGAUUUAGUUUUCUUUAGCAAAGAGUCAGCAUGCAUUUUAGGUUUACCUUUAAGGCUCUAACUCAUGAGCUAUUUCAGGUGGAUAACAGGCUAAACUUGAUGAAGUCUCUUACCAUUUGUUUUGGCAAAGUUUUUAUGUACAUGAAGUUUACUGUUCAUUUUUUCAUAAAACACAUAGCAUGUCAUCCUGUAAUCUUUUUGUUUAGUUUCAAAAUUUUGGAUUGCUCUAACUAUGCCUACUGAGUGUCUGCAAUAUCCUAAAAUAUUUGGUUAGGAACAAGAAACACAUUUUCCAUAUGAGGCUUUGAACAUUCUUGAGCUACAAUUUUCCCUUUAUUUAAAGAUCCUCUCUGCCUUAGAUAGUAACUUGGAAUAUCAAAGUAGGGUCUGGUUACCUUUAGUUUGGGAUGGUAACCCAGAGCCAGCAAGUUUGUCCCAUAUAUUUAUAAUUUAUAGCUAAAAGUUUUCUCAUCUCCUACAAUAAAUCUCUAGUUUCUCUCAAUUUAAAAAAAAAAAAGAUUUACUUUAGUUUAUUUGAAAGACACAUUUGCAGAUAGAAUGACAGGAAUAGACUGAGAGAGAGAGAGAGAGAGAGAGAGAUCUCCAUCCACUGGUUCAUUGCCCAAAUGGCUGAAAUAGCUAGAAUUGGGCCAGAACAGAGCCAGGAGACAGGAGCUUCUUCUCGAUCUUCCACAUGGUGCAAGGGCUCAAGUCCUUGAGUGAUCUUUCACUGAUUUCUGAGGUUCAUUUGCAGGGAGCAGGAUCAGAAGUGGAGCAGCCCAAACUAGACAUCCCAUUUGGGAUGUCACCCUUCCAACUUAACUUGCUAUGCAACAAUAAUGGCCAGAGACCUCUCAUUUAUAGCCACACUUUCAAGACAAAUAUUUUCAAGUGCUUUAAUACCGGAGAUACUGUGGAAAUGAAAACCGGAAGUUUAUAUUAUUUUCCCAUAGUCUUCCUUUCUUGUAUGUAGGGAAUAAUAGUGAAAUAAAUAGUCAAAUAUGUGCAGCAAUUUUUAAAUCCUAUUCUGGAAAUAGCAGUUUAAAUGACAAAAGUAUCUCCACAUCUUGACUUUGCUAAGUACAGCCUUUGGACAACAGAACACAGUUUGCAAAUAAAACAGGGAAAACAGAAAUCCAGCUAAGGUAGUGGCUUUGCCUUAAAAGAGAUAUAGUUAAAUAGAUUGAAAAAAGUCAUACCAUUUUUAAAUAUAGAAAAGAGUUUUACAAAACUCUUUUAGACAAUAUUAUACUCAGAAUAUUUUAAUUAACCUUUGAAUAUUUAAUCAAACCACUGAAAAGCAAAAAGUUAGGGCAGAUUUUGUAGCCAUUGGUUUAAGCUGCCACUUGAGAUACCUGCAUCACAUAUUGGAGUCCCAGUUCAAGUGCCAGCUGCCGUGUUUCUAAUGAAGCUUCCUGGAUGCAUUCUGAGAUACAGCAAAUGACAGCUCAAGUGCUUGGGUCCCUGUCUCUCACUGUGAAACUCAGAUGGAGUUCUAGGCUUCUGGCUUUAGUCUGGUUGAGCCCUGGAUGCUGUGGGCACAUGUGGAUGGAAGAUUUCAGUACAUUUUCUGUUACUUUCAAGUUAAUGAAAUUAAAUAAGCCUUAAGAAAUAAAAGUGUGCCAUAGAAUAGUAAAAUAUGAGAAACGGAAAAGUGAUUCAUUAGCACUGUUUAGUUACUUUGCUGUGUUUUUUAAAAGGAGGAGGGCAAUACAAUGCUAUACAUAUCCAUUAUUCUGAGUCAAUAAAGAUGCUCUACAUGCACCAGUAAAAUACAAUUUCUAUUUCUCUUUUCUUCAUGUAACUGAAAAUUCAUUAGUGACCUUGUCGAAGUAGGUAGGUCUUAUUUACAAUUGUUACAGUAAGGUAUAUAAAUCUAUGCUCCUCAUGAAUAAUAAAUGCAUUGUUGCAUCUGUUUUAAUUGUAAGAAUUCUUUUCAUUUAUCUCAAAAUGUAUACACAUAGUAUAAGAAAAUAUGUACACAUGAAGGAACACUUGGCAAAGAAAUAUUAAAAACUCACUAUAAAAUGAA